GCUGACGCGCACAUCAUUGAUACCGUCGUCAUUGUAGACGAUGGCGAAAGAGGUGCAGACCGGAGAGAAGGCCAAGACGUCCACCAAGAUGAAGAAAAUUGCGAAGCGCAAUACCAAGAAACAAAAUGCGGUCGCUGCUGCUGCCCCCGCGGCUGAGGAGCGCGAGGAGCGGCCUUUUAUGGUGCGGGUGCUGACAGUUGGCGCGGCGUCAUACCUAGCACACAAGGUCUGGACCAAGAGGAAGAUGUUAACUGCAGGAUGGUAUACGGAGGAGCAGACGGCGACGGAACAAGGCAUGGUGACGGCCUUCGAAUACCUCAGCUCAAUGGGUCUCAUCCUCGUCAUGGGAAUCGUGGUGGGCGUCAUCUUCAGCAAGGUGGCGAAGUCGGUCAAGGGCACGGCACCAGCGGAGCAAUAAUGUGACAAUCAUGGGUGUUAUAGCAGACGCUGCAUGGAGGCAAGCAUACCUCCGAUCUUUGUAGUUAUGCAUCGCCAGCUCGAGGCUCGAGCCUCGAGCACUGACAAUGAGCUUUAAUCGUUUGGUAGUGAAUAGAACAGGAAUUGACAAAACAUGUGUGUUGCUGCAAUCAGGAUCGUUUUCUCCUUACUGAAACCAAGUCUAAUUCAAAUCACCAUAUUACAAGCC